AAGACACUGUCACUGAAGAACAGCGUAAGGAUGUAUCACGGAAGCUCCUUUCCUUGGCAGACACUUCUGGUGUCAUCAAAUCCGUCUCUGGUGGCUUAGAGAAAUCACCAGAAGGUAAGGGUAAAGGUUACCAUCAAAUAUAUACAUUGAAGUUUCAGAGAUGGGAAGAUUUGCACUUCUAUCAAAACUACGACCAUGCUCACCAAAUAUUCAACAGCGAGACGGGUCAACUAUCUGAAGAUGUACUUGUUUGGGAUUAUGAAGACUUCCAAUUUUGAGCAAAAGUAUCCAUUAAAGACAAUUACACAAAAUGAACCGAAAGAAGGGUUAUAAAUACAUACACAGCUAACGUGAGAUCAUUCUUAGUGGCUUUUGAUAAUUAUUGCGUGAGACAACUGUUUGUCUAUUUCAUUGAUGAAACGAUAAUGAUUGAUGCUAUACCGAAAUGGAGCUGACACUCAUGAAUAUCCUUGCCUUUGAUAUAGUCUCAUUUUUAUAUAUUUCAAAUAUGUCUACCUUGUUAUAAUAUUAAAAUAUCCUGAAGAGUGCACUUCCGUUGGCUGUCCGACUGCUAAGAGCUUGAGGUACUAUGGUGCAGUUACAUAGAAUACAAGAGAUAAUGAACACUCGCUGUUGUCGAUUUUCUAUUAAAAUUGCGUAUAUCUCUUAUAACUACAUGUUCUCCAUUGAUGUCUUAUAACUUGGCUAGGGUUCAUGUAUUACUCUCAAAACAAAGCAUAAAUGAAACAGAUAUCGUAUAUCUAUUAUAAAGCUCUCAAUUGCUAACAUCUCCCUCUCUUACUGCUGAAGUAGAUCUAAAGAUAUUACUUAGGCGAUAUAUGACUAAAAUAGCUAAUUGACAAGGAAGAAAUUAGAAGUGAUAUCUCAUUGUCGUCGUCUUACAUCGUUUUGUUCAACUUCUCCUAUCUAACCAUUUAGUCAGUAAAGAAAUCAUUACGUACGAUAUCUUGAGUCGCCCUUACUGAAAUUGUCGAAGUAAAUUUAUGAAAUAAUAUCUAAUAUCUAACUAAUUAUACUACCGGAAAUCGAAGAAAUCGGGCAUCUUCCAUUUUCUUAUUCAUCAUUAUCAUUUCUCUCAUUCGCACUCUCGAGAGCCUAUAUAAGUCAGAGUACUUAAAAUGAUUACACACGUCGUUGCAUUCAAAUACAAGACCACGGUAAAUGCGGACUUACGCAAGGAAAUUGCCCACAGAUUACUUGCCUUGGGAGAUACCUCUGGCGUCAUCAGGUCUGUCACAGGCGGUUUAGAACAAUCACCUGAAGGAAAAGGAAAAGGUUUCCAUCAAGUAUUCGUAAUGAAAUUCAAUCUCUGGGAGGAUUUACAAUUCUACAUGUUGUAUGAUCAAUCUCAUCAGCAAUUCAUGGAACUCAUAGGUGAUUUGACAGAGGAUGUACAAGUCUGGGACUUCCAGGAUUUCGAGUUUUAAUGAAAGUUUUCAGGACAUGAGAAAAUUUUACUAUUACCCAGAAUGAAUUGAAUACAAAGCUAAAUUAUGAUGGU